CAGCAGGACAGUGAGGGCGAGGAGACACGAGUGCGUCCCUAGUUACCACACACGCCUGCAGGGGUUGCCCUGACGACGGGUGGACGCAGCGUACAGGCGCCCCGCUGAUCACAGCACUGUCUGGACAACGGGAUGACGUCAUCGCCGAGCGCCCCCGCACGCCAGGACGCCGAACACCCGCCCGGAGCUCAGGUGAAUGGUGAUUACACAGGUACUUAGGAGGGAAAUGCAUGGGGGCAGUGAGAGCUUGCUGACCACGCAUGUCCUAAACUCAGCUCAGGGCAUCCCCGCCAGGGGCUUAACGCUGACCUUGUCCAAGCAUGACGCCUGCCACGCAAAGUGGGUGCAAGUGAGCAGGAGUGUCACUAAUGAGGACGGCCGCUGUCCCGGGCUCCUGCGCGGAGAGCAUCUUACCGCCGGUACGUUCCAGCUGCGGUUUGAUACCGGGGACUACUGGAAGAAAAUGCAACAAGAGAGCUUUUACCCUUAUGUAGAGAUUGUUUUCACCAUCACAGACCCAAAACAGAAGUACCACGUUCCUCUCCUGCUCAGUCCAUUUUCCUACACCACCUACAGGGGGAACUAAAGAGUUGCUGCUGCAGUUGUGCUGAUCCAAAUCUAGUGUCCAGAAGUAAUUCCCGGUAUUUCUCUGGUUUCUUAUAAUAAAACUCAUUUGAUAUGAAA